GGCCAGCGCUCUAGCCUGGUUGGCAGCUGCGGCGCAGAGUCCAGCGGCUGGUGCGCGAAGCGGUACAUCGUCUCCCGAGCGGUUCGGCCCAGCCAUUCGCCUCGGUGCCCAGGCCCGGAGCGCGCGUGCGUGAGCGCGCCUGCGCCCCGGGGCCGCUGCUAGGGGAGUGCAGUCACCUCAGAUAAAAUCUCUUACUGUCCUAUUGUAGGAGGAUCCCUUUCUCCUCUGAAAUUACUCAAUGCUGAAACCUUUCAAAGUGAUAAUAGAGACAUUGGAAGCACCAUGGAUGGUUUUUAUGAUCAGCAAGUUCCUUUUAUGGUCCCUGGGAAAUCUCGCUCAGAGGAAAGUAGAGGGCGACCUGUGAUUGACAGGAAAAGGAAGUUUUUGGACACAGAUCUGGCUCAUGAUUCUGAAGAGUUGUUUCAGGAUCUCAGUCAACUUCAAGAGGCUUGGUUAGCUGAAGCACAAGUUCCUGAUGAUGAACAGUUUGUCCCAGAUUUUCAGUCUGAUAACUUGGUGCUUCAUGCCCCGCCUCCAACCAAGAUCAAACGGGAGCUGCACAGCCCUUCCUCUGAGCUGUCAUCCUGCAGCCACGAGCAGGCUCUUGGUGCUAACUAUGGAGAAAAGUGCCUCUACAACUACUGUGCCUAUGAUAGGAAGCCUCCCUCUGGGUUCAAGCCAUUAACACCUCCCACUACCCCCCUGUCACCCACCCAUCAGAAUUCUCUAUUUCCCCCACCUCAGGCAACUCUGCCCACCUCAACACAUGCCCCUGCAAAUGGCCCAGUUCAAGGUGUGGGCCCUGGCCCCAACCCCCACUCACUUCCAGAAGCUGGGCCACAGCAGCAAGCGUUUGCGAUCCCACGGCCACCACAUCAUCCCCUGCAGAUGCCAAAGAUGAUGCCUGAAAACCAGUAUCCAUCAGAACAAAGAUUUCAGAGACAACUUUCGGAACCCUGCCACCCCUUCCCUCCUCAGUCAGGAGUUCCCGGAGAUAACCGUCCUAAUUAUCACCGGCAGAUGUCAGAACCCAUUGUCCCUGGAGCUCCCCCACCCCCUCAGGGAUUCAAGCAAGAAUACCAUGACCCACUUUAUGAACAUGGGGUCCCAGGCAUGCCGGGUCCCCCAGCACAUGGAUUCCAGUCCCCAAUGGGAAUCAAGCAGGAGCCUCGGGACUACUGCGUUGAUUCAGAAGUGCCUAACUGCCAGUCAUCCUACAUGAGAGGGGGCUAUUUCUCCAGUAGCCAUGAAAGUUUUUCGUAUGAAAAAGAUCCCCGGCUAUACUUUGAUGAUACCUGUGUUGUUCCAGAGAGACUGGAAGGCAAAGUCAAACAAGAGCCCACAAUGUAUCGAGAGGGGCCCCCCUAUCAGAGGCGAGGUUCUCUUCAGCUGUGGCAGUUCCUGGUUACCCUUCUUGAUGACCCAGCCAACGCCCACUUCAUUGCCUGGACAGGCCGAGGCAUGGAGUUCAAGCUGAUAGAACCUGAGGAGGUUGCUCGGCGUUGGGGCAUCCAGAAGAAUCGGCCAGCCAUGAACUAUGACAAGCUCAGCCGUUCCCUACGCUACUACUAUGAAAAGGGCAUCAUGCAGAAGGUGGCCGGGGAACGGUAUGUCUACAAGUUUGUCUGUGAUCCAGAUGCCCUUUUCUCCAUGGCCUUCCCUGACAACCAGCGUCCAUUCCUGAAGGCGGAAUCUGAGUGCCACCUCAGUGAGGAGGAGACCCUGCCCCUGACCCACUUUGAAGACAGCCCUGCUUACCUCCUGGACAUGGAUCGCUGCAGCAGCCUCCCCUAUGCUGAGGGCUUUGCUUACUAAGUUUCUGGGUGGCUGAGCGGCCAAACCUUAGAGCUAGCAGUUCCCAUUCAGGCAAACGAGGGCAGUGGUUUUGUUUGUGUUUUUGGCUGUUCCUAACGCUUGCCCUUUGAGUAUUAUCUGGAGAAUCUAAGCUGUCUCUGGAUGGGCACCCUUAAAGACAGAUACCUUAGCUAGGGAGUGGGAACAGGGAAAGACAAGAGAACAACCAGAAGGCUGGUGCCUCGGCUCUGAUCCUGACAAGGUUUCUGGGAAGAGAUUGAAAUGGAGCCUCCUUUCCAUGGACAAUAUAUGCAAAUCAAUACCUUGUUCAGGUUAGUAACCCACAGACGGGGACAAAGUGUGUGACAAUCUGCAUUGAUCAUGGACUACUAAAUGCCUUUACACAGAAGGGCUCUGAUUUGCACAAUUUCUUGAAGAAGACAUUACAAACCCCUACAACAGUAGAUAGACUAAGCUGGGGAGGCUUUAACCAUGAAGGAUUAAAAAAUAUAUCUUAAAAUUCAGAGAACUCUUCUAGCUCAAUCUGAAAUGUUUCCCCUUGGUUUAGAAAGAAAAGGGGGAAAGUCAGAACAGCUGCUACCCACUCCAUGGUUCUCAAAAUAAUAAACCGUUGUUACUGUUGGUUGGGAACCCUCUGGCCACACGGUCACCAGAUAGACAAGCCCCCAUCUUUACCCAGGCACAUGGCUAUGUGUGGAUGGCUUUAAUUUUAGGAGAAGGGUGAUUGACACUUAACAGUAUUUUGUUUUGCUUUGAUUCGGGGGAUUGUUUUGUUUUGGUGGUUGUUUUUUUUUUUUUUGGGGGGGUAAGAAAGCAGUUUAUAAACUGAUUUUUGUAGUUUUGGUAUUUAAAGCAAAAAAAAAAAUUAAAAUAAAAACAAACCUUUUGGUAACUGUGCACUGCGUCCUUUAGACAGGACAGUGCUGACUUAUGAUGAAGACGCUGCAGCUUGAAAGGGGCUUUGCUGGGGGCUCCCCCCAAGCCGUGAAUAAGCCCACUUUACUGCCGGCUUUGUGCUUUCUGCACCAGACAGCCUGAUGGCACAUUUGCACCUAAGUUGUACAUUUUUGAGGUGUGCAGGGCAGCCUGGACACACCACUUAAAGAUUUUAUGUGUAUAGUUCACCCCCACCCCAUGUUCCUAACAUACCCUCUCUGGAAAGCAUAUGUACAUAAUCCACGUCAUGUCCAUUGGACACCUGGUCACCUGGUAGGCCCCUCAGGACUCUCCCCUGGGCAUGACUGAUGACAAUUUCCAUUUCAUCAGUUUGUUUUGUUUUUCUUUUGAUUCUUAAGCCUUUAAACCCUGCAUAUGAUUCAAUGGGGUUUGAGACUUCCAUGUGACACUGAUAGGUCAAACAGUGCUACUAGCAUUCUAGUUUCCUGUCACCACUUCUUAUUUAAAAAAAAAAAAAAAUCUGAUUGCUGUAUUAUAUUGGGAACGUUUUGAACAACCAAGCUAAAGAUAUGUGAAAGUUGAGUUCAGCAUAGAGAAAAAGUGACUGCCUGCUGCCUGUUCUGUUGGUGGGUCUCUGCUCCCUCUUCCACUAGGUGUGUGAAGGAUAUUGGGUUCAUCUUCCCAGGCAGAGGACAUGCUGACUGGAUGAGAUUGCAUAAGACGUGCGCUUUGAAUUUCCUUUCUGUUCAUGGAGCACUCCACUGUCUCAUAAACAGCCCUCCAGAUGACAAGGAGCACCAUUUUUAUAGCUGUGGAAAUUUAAGGGUUUUUUUUUUUUUUUUUCCUCUCUGUUGGAAAAGAUAAUUGGCCCACAAAGGUAUUGAACCUCUAUGCUGGGCUAAUUAGUAUCAUACUCUAAUCAAAGGACUCUUUCCAGACCCUAUUUAUAGCUUUCUAACCUACAAAUAAUCUAUACAUAGAUGCAUAUUUGACCCCACCCCCACCCGGCUAGAGAUUUAUCUGUUGUAAAUGCUGUAUAGGAUUUCUUUUGCCUUUCUUACUUCUCCUGGCUUGGGUUUUAUUUUAUUUUAUUUUUUUGUUUGGUUGUUUUUUUCCUAUUUUGAUGGGUUUAUGCUGUCCUGGCAAGUAUGAAAAUAAGCCUCUGUAGGCUGAGCUCUGCGCCCCGCCCCCCCCGGGGGGGGGGUCCAGACCUUCUCGGUCUGUGCUGUCAUGGGACACGGGACGGAGGAUGGUGGCCUCACCGCUGAUCUGUUGCAUUUCCGUCGGACUCAUGCAUCUCCCAGAUGGUUUGGGGUUUAGUUUGUUUGUUGCUUCUUUUCCAGAGUGGAAAGUCUACAGUGCAGAUAGGCUUUAACCUACCAACUGAUUUGAAAUACUCCCCCCACCCCACCCGCGCAGGGCCGUAUGCAUCCUGCCAAGCUGCGUUAUAUUCUGUACUGUGUACAAUAAAGAAGUUUGCUUUCAGUUUA